UGCAACUUCGUAGCGCAGGACAACACCUGGAAAAAAUACAUUGCAAGUGAACUAGAAGCUGCAAGAAGAUGGUCUCAGAAAUGGGGAUUUUUAACAACACCUCUUGAAGAGUUGAUUGAAGAUAAGAAGAAAGAAAAAACUAAGCCCAAGAUACAGCUUCCAGAACAUCUGCAGAUUCGACCUGUGACACCCGUGGAAAAAUAUAUUAAGGUGAAUCCAUCUCCUCCAGUACCUAAAACAACCCAGGGUUUUAUCGGUUGGAGAUCAGCUGUUCCUGAAUUGGAACUUGAACAUGGCUUUCAAAUCCAAAGCUGCAAAGGUACCUUUUUCAAGGAUCUGAAGUGGCCAUGUGAGCCCUCUGAUUGACUCUAAGAAAUAACAGUUAGGCACAUAGAUACGUAUAGUUAAGUCAUAAUUAUUAAAUAUAUUGUCUUUUGCAUUGUGCAUGCUUUACAGGUACUUUGUGUAAUUAUACCAAUGUGUAAUUGGGUAGAUCCCAAUGGAGCUGCUUGAUCAGUAUAAAUAAAACACACAGAUGCUGUUUAGCAAAAGGUGGAGAAGUCACUUUCAAAAAUCAGUUUUGUUAUCAAAACAGUUUUGUGAUUGUUCAAUUCAAUGAUCAGCAUGCAAACUUCUAAGCAUGUUUCUAUAGGUAAAAAUAUGAUGCAAAAUAUUUAGAAUGCUAGGAAUAUAUCAGAAAUGUUUACACCCACCAGAACUGGUGAAAGACUCAGAAACAGACUGUUAAAAUCCUUAAAGUAAGUUGAUUUAAAAAAAAAAAAACUAAGUUGGCCUACUACAAGUAUUUUCCUCCACUGAAAACUUCUAAAUCCAUCCAUCUUCAUACACCAUUUAAUGCAUAUUUUACGUAAAAAUACAAUGUGUUUGAUCAAAUCAUUUGUAAUGGCAAACUCAUUUUCACAAAUAUUUGUGUAGAAAUCAAAAAAAGACAAAAACAAUACCAGUGGCUUGUUGAGUAACCUACCAGGUAUCCUUGAGGCUAUCAAGCUACUCACUCGUUGAUUGAAAGAUUUGUCACAUGGCAUUUAUAGCUAGGAAGCUUGUGGAAUCUCACCCAUAUCCUGUUUUCAGACAUACAGCAUUGCACCACAUAGCUCAUUGCAAUAUAACGUAGAGAGGCUUAAAAUUAAAUACAUUUCAGUGCUCUACAAAUGAGGUCCUUAAUAGCAGGUGACCGUUGAAGUUUUCAUUAAAGUCAAUCAAAAUAUCAACAGAAUAAGCACUGGAUCAGUGUUGUUUCUCAGUCUCAGACAAAUCUACAUGAAUUGGUGCCUCCUGUCAGUGAUGAGGAAUCCCAGAUUUUUAAUAUACAAUAGGCACAUACUUCCCUUGGUUAUUAGUAGAGAAGAUUAUAGAGACUCAUUAUUACGUUAGCAAAGCAAGCAGAGAUAAGCGUGAUGGCGUUAACAGCUAAGGACAUGAAUAUCCGUUCAGGUGAAAUGGAUGAUGUGACAUAAUGCUGACAACUACCUCAUUUAUUUCUGAAAUCUGAAGUACUAGCUCUCUUAUGCUCUCAGCACUGCAGUAUUGCAAGCUACAUUUUACAUUAGGCAUACCUGUUAACAGUAGGGGUUGCACUGGGAGUUAUUGGUAUAGAUACCUCAGUGCUGUCGAGUAGUCCCACGCUUCGUUACCUAUCCAAAGAUUUGCCAGGACUUCUGGAAAUUCAGAAGUCGUAGCUCAUUUAGCUGUAGCAACUAUUUGCAGGUUCCAUAGUUCUAGUUAGCUAACAUGUUUAACCUAGAACAUUUUUAAACAAAUAGCCUCCAAGAAAUCAACACAGGCAGUUCCUUACUACUCCUUUACUUAAGGGAGAAAGACUUUCCUCUCUUAAGUUUGCUGCAAGAUCUCUGUUGUGUUCUGCAGCUAUCAACGUCUACUUCCUGAGUCAGCAAUAAAUCCCUAGCUUUCAUAGCAGUAGGUCAGCUGCUAGUGUUUGUUCUUUCUUUCUUCCCAAGAAAUGACUCACAAUGAUCGACAUCCCACUUUUUUUUUUAAACAUCCAGUUCCAAAUGCCCACAAAAUAAUAUUUUACUUUUUCCAUAUUCUUUACAAAUAACAGAAGUGACUCAUAUCCUUUGGAAAGAUCACCCAAGAAUGAGAAUACAUAGCAGAAGUAACUUUAGACACUUCUGUUACUUAAAAAACAGAAUAAAGAAUAACUUGGAAUCAGACUCUGGAAAUUUAAACUAAAUUGCAAUUUAGCUACUCACUAUAACAUGUUUAAACUGUUCAUUGCACAAACAAGAUAAUUGUAAAAACAGUAUUUUAAGUCAGGGUGCUUUCUUGUUGUUGCUGGAUUUCUAUCUCUGUUUUAUCACAUGGUUCAACUUAUUUUAAGAUCAGGUAUAGAUCCUUUAUUCUUGUCCGAUUUAAACAGGUAGAGUAAAGAUUUAUCUGAGUAGCAACAAAAUCAGUGAAUUCAGGAACUACUGUAAAAAGGCUAAAUGAAAAGGGAAGCUUCAGGACCACUGUUUUUAUUUUACUUUAGAAAUGUUACAUAGAAGAACCAAAGCUGGCAUCCAAUAUCCAGGAGAUGUUUAUAUGAAGCAAAAUUCACAUCCAUGAGUCAUGGUUUGAUUUUCAAAAGUCAAAACAAGCUCUUUGUCCGCCAUCUACAGUUAGGCAUUUCUGAAGCUUAUGCCCAAUGCCUGAAUAUUAACUAUGUACCAACAGUAAGGGUUUUUUAUUAUCAUUAUUAUACUUUCCAUCAUUUAAGGUACAUUUACCUCAGGAGAUACUUUGAUAUAGCCUAAAUUUGGAAUGUGUAAGGUAUAUUGUCUAAAAUUUGAACUACUUCCUCUAGCAUAACUGCAUUAAUUGCUUGUGUAAGAGAACACGUGAAACUACAAACCUGUUUUCUUGUCCCAAAACUUUCAGUUUGACCUUUUCUACCUCAAAAAUUUGUGUAGCUGUUGUGAAUUUGCAACUGCUAAAGGACUGCCCAAUCAAUUGCCCCAACCGUGAAUCCCAAAAGGACAGUGCAGAAUUAUUAAAUUGCUUUAUGUUUCAAAUCUGGAAAUUAACCUAUUUACUGGAGCCAAGUUGGGCACAUAAAUGUCACUGCACACUGUAAAAGAGCACACUAUCUCUAAGGUCAGGACAGUGUUAGUAAACUCAGUGCACACACUGGGGAAAUGCUUCAAAAAAAUGAAAUCACUUCAUAAAUGCAGCAAAAGUCCAGACAAUUGCAAUUCUAUAUACAUUUCUUUGGCCUACACUUCUGUACAAGUCAGAGCAGAAUGGGAUGUUUCUAAACAUAAAGCUCUGCUGUUUAUUUUUAACCAAAAUUUGAAAGUAGGAUGAGGUGUAUUUAGAUGUGUUCUAUGUGUCAAUCUAAGUUUCAUUUUGUAUGAUCUUUCAUAAAGCUUUUAGUGGUCUAAGGAUCACAAUAGCAAAGUGAUAUAUCAAUUUCUUCCUUAGCUAAGUUGUUUCAGAUAACUGAAGUCAUCCUGCCUUUUGACUGUUGUUUGUAGAACAACGAGUUCUUUCGUAGUAGACUCAGUUUUAAACAGGAACCAUGGGUGAAGCUUUCAGAAUUUCAUCAGCAAAAGUCUUACUGUAUUUGAUAACAUUCUCCACAGCAAGACAUGAAAACGCAUGUCAUCCAUCUUUUGCCACAGUGGGUGUGUGCCUGUAUAUAUUUUUCCGGAAGCAUGACGAAAUAAUAGUAGAGGUUUACAGAACAAUUGGUUUUAAAUUGAACGAGUAUGAAAUCAGAAUUAUCUUGCUCACAAGCACUUGCUUGAUUUGUAAACAACAAAAUUAAGUGGCAAAAACCUGCUGCAUUUUUCUUCACAUUGUGUUCCUUUCUGUGCUGUUAGAACUGACAUAGAACUGGCACUUGCUAUUUGUAAUUUCACUAAUACAAGAUGUUUUACAGGGGGCUCAGACUUGAAAGAUUGUUAUUGAAAACACAUUUUGCAUCAGAGAAUAAAGUUUUUUGAUUAGAUCGUACUGAAGUGGUGAUUCUGAGUAAGCAGCACUACUGAAAUUGCAGUCACCACGCAAGUGUUGAUAUAUGUUUUGAGAAAGGCAAAAUGAAAAGCAACCACUGCAUGUGCAUAGCCAAUUGAUUUAACUACUGUAAGAAGUGGCCACUUAGAGAAUAAAUCUCACCACUAUUCUACAGGAGACAUUUCUAUAAAGUUACAUGCUGUGACUGUCCUAAUGGAUACCCAUUGGAGUCUUAAUAUUGUGCAAAAUACACUGUCUCCCCGUUUCCUGCUUUUGUCUACUCUGCCCAGUCUGAAGCAACUUUCACACUGAGAUCACUUGUCAUACAAGACAGAGGAGAUAGUAAUAAUAACAAAAAUCCUAUUUUGGUGACCUAAGUCUCCCCACUCACUCCCCAAUUCUCUCGGUAGUGCAGGAUCCUUUGUGGUUUCUUCCAUGUUCUACAAAGUACCAAAGCAACAAACGCUAGUCUAACGUAGUCAUUGGCAACCAGACCAGAAAUCUGUACUCCCAUGAAGAACCCUGUCUGGGUCAUUUCUUGCAUUAGGUUCCUAAAUAUGUUGUGUUUAGCUCCCCUUGAAAUGGUAAGCGUCAGUGUACCAAGACUGAUAAAGGCCCACUAACAGACUAUUAUCUCCUUCCCGACUCCUGUGGUUUUCACAUCCCAACAAAUUGUUAUUUAACUAGUUGAAAGCAUGUCAAACUCUUUCAUAGGACCAUAGCGUAAUAAAUUGAACUGUACUAUAAAAUGAUACUGUUGCGUUUUGAAACUAUCCAAGUUUCCAGUGAGCAAAACAUCAGCCCUUCACUCUUCUCCAUCAUACAUGGGAAAGACCAGCAGCUAAGCCAUAUCAGGAAAUAAAUUAAAAACAAAACUAGAAACCCCAUGAGAACAAUACACAUGGCUAAGAUCUGAUUCAUGUUGCACCAGUGAACCAUAACCCAGGAAAGGGUCAUUAUUUUAGUCAGAAGAACUGGAGAUAGUAUUGACCUUAGGGUUUCAGUCUGCCUACGCAGGCCUCAAGCCUUGUUCUGUAACACAAAGACAAG